CUUUAUGAAACAAAAUAUUUCUCACUUAUUUGGAAAGAAAAAACCGAGGUAUUUUUCGUAAACCGGGUUGAUAUUGCACGGUCGGAAAAAAAGCGGAUGCUUUUAUACACAUCGAAUCCUGAAAAGUAUAGACGGAGACAGAUUUAGUUUCGGGUGUAUUUUAAAGUCCAUGGGGCUCAAUGUUCCGCGAAAUACGUCUCUCCCUUAGCAUCUCUCCUAUAAUACAGAUGCCGUAUAGAUGGCUACAAAUCCCCGGAAACUCUUCAUAUCUAUAACCUCUUUUCGUUCUCGAUAACGAGGGCUCACACGCGACAGGGUACUUUUAAACAAUUCACCCUUCAAACCCUCCUACAUGGUUAACUUUAUUGCUAUUUCCGUACAUACGCCAUGCUUGAUACCCAUGGAUCUUUCACUUUUACUUUUACUUCUGCUGCUUUUUAUUAUUAUUCUUUGCAUUAUUAUUCUCAUAUUCUAUGAAAUACGCAAUUAAAAAUAAAUUCCGAAGAGAGUUGGAAUAAACGAGAUAGAUGGAUAGAGAUAGAGAGUAAGAGGUAACGGAGGCUACACUUUCAACUUACGAUGGUCGAAGUCAAUUCGAUAGCAGUUAACGAAUUGUUGGGGGUGAAUAGAAGGGGUUUGCGGUUAACACGAGGGGUUGACAGGGGAACGCAUAAUACAUUGUUACCCCAUCCACCGAAUUCACCCCUUCCAUGUGCAGUAAUUUUCUCUGCACCGAACCGACAUCAGGCUGAACUAUCUCAUAAUUAAAAUUACCGUACCGCACACACGUACAUUCCAACACCUUAACACAUCGUUUAAGCACAUUUCCAAAUGUUCCUUUUACUCUGUGUUCGUAUCUGUGUGUUGAAUCGAUUACGAUUCAUUUACACCAAUGUCACCUGAAUAAUAAUCAUCAUUGAAAAUAUGUAUAAAUAAUGGUAUCGUAUUAACGCUUUGAUAACGAAUAAUUAAUUGAAAAUUAAUCUAAAAAUUUGUGAAAGAUUUAAAGCGUUGCUUGAAAUUAUCAUAUUUCGUUUCAUCUUUGGGCGUUACUUUUAAAAUUGUUCUUUGUUAAGUUUUCCCAUUUCAAGCGUGAAAGCGUUUAACCGUUUAAGCGGGGAAAAAUGAUCGUAGGGUGGUGGGAAAUAGCAGCUUUCUUCCCUCCGCUCUUUGCCCGUCGAUUUAAAACAUUUGCCCUUCGCGAAACGAAAGUUCUCCGUGUCGUUGAGCUAGGGUGCCAUGAAAUCACCCUAAUAUUGGAUUAUAUCAAUAUACGGAACACACAUAUAUCAUAUUACCGUGGCUAGAACGCGCAGGUUACUAAAUUUCCGAUUUCUUCACAGAGAUAAAGGUAUCCUGACAUUUUCUUCGAUCAGCAAAUUACAAAAGCAACAACUCUUCUGUUUAAAUCAACCUUGACAAGCUCGGAACGGAUUCGAAUCAAGUCGAGUCGAGUCGAGUCGAGUCGAGUCGAGAGUCGAGAGUCGAGGUACGAAGGGUAAUGACGUGUGCUCGAGCACACGGUGUUUAACACUUUAUCUAUCCUCCUCCAAGUUAUUAAUGACACUCGCUGAGUCAGAUGCCGCGUCCAAGUGCGGCAUCUUCACAGUUUAAUAUCCGAGGAAUCGAGUCACUCGGCCGACUACUCCCGGACUCGUCCUACUCGUCGCCUCGAGUGUACACUCGUGGUCGAGGCAUUUCACUUCCAAUAUCCUUCACCCUGCCAUGCCGAACAAAGUGUCUCUGGCAAACCGACGAGUGAACACGUUUUCAUUUUACACCACCGCCACCAUCAUCAUCGAUUCUCUAAUUUCAAUGAUUAUUCAGAUACCGAAAAAGUCAUCUUUCUGGGUAAAUAGUAAAUAAACUGCUACAACUGUUGCAAUUCGAAUUUAUCACUUGUAUCAAACGAACGUUAUAUCUCCUGUAAAGAUUUCAAAUUGAUGGCUCGUAGAAAAAUGAUAUUAAAAUUUAUCAACGAGGAAAAUCGAACGGACGAUUUGAUAUUUCUGGUUAAGAAAUCAAUGUCGUUAGUGAAUCAUGAUAAAUACACAAGAAGAAAAUUGCGAUGGAAUGAAUAUUGCGAAAGAAUAUUACGAAAAUGUGGGAGCAUCUUGAAAAAACAAACUUUCGAAUUUUGUCGUGAAACGAGUCUUCAUGGUUACAAAUAUAUCGCUGAAACUCGUCGUUCUAUGCCAGAAAGAAUCGCGUGGGCAAUAACGGUGCUUAUAUCGCUAGUUAUCGCAAUUGUAAUAAUGAAAUUUACUUACGAUUAUUAUUCGGACCAUGCUACCCUCUCUGUGAUCGAGUCGACCCAUCGUGGAAUAUGGAAUUAUCCAUUUCCAGCGGUGACGGUGUGCGAUUUUAAUCGUGUGUCUCUCAAGUUAACACGACAAUUAGUCGAAAAAUUGAAACUUCCACCGACUGUGUCAAAGGAAUUUAUUAUUCAAGAGAUGAAAUUAUUGAACGAGUUAUUGUAUCCUGGUGAACAUGAAUUGAACAUCCGUAGUAAUCUUACACGAUUACAGGUCAUCUUCGACAUGAACGGUCUCUCAAUUCCCACAGUCAUUAAUUUAGUGACGAGAAGUUGCAACAAUUUACUUGGAGCGUGUAAAUGGAAAGCCAAAGAGAAAGAUUGUAAAACGAUAUUUCAACCGAGCUUCACCCGCUACGGAAUGUGUUGCAGUUUCAAUUACAUCACCCGUGAAAACAUUCUUGAAGAACCAAAUCUGCAACCGCAUAGAAUGACCUCCUGUGGUUAUCAAAGCGGACUCAAUAUUUUGCUGAAUUUGGAUCCUGAUGAUUAUCAUGCCAGUCUCGUUAAAUCCAUAGGAGCAAAGAUCAUGUUACACAGUCCCUUUGACUAUCCAGACGACAAUGCAGCGAGCAAAUUAUUACCUGUUAAUAAAUAUUCGUUUCUUAUUGUCCAACCGGAGGAAAUGUAUUCAACGGAUAACGUUAGACGAGAAUCUACAAGAUACUGCAUAUUUCACGACGAAAUAGAUGCGAUGAAUGGUGAAAAUAAAAAAAAAAGAUAUUUCAUUCCAGCAAGAUAUUCAGUUAUAAACUGCUUGGUAGAAUGUCGAGCUAGUGUUAUUCAAACGAAAUGUGGAUGUAUUCCGUAUUAUUAUCCGCAAAAUAAUGCCAGAGUAUGCAAUCUGAGAGAUCUUGAAUGUGUAGAAACUUAUAAAUACUGGUAUGAUACUGCUUGGCCAGGAACAGAUAUGUCGCCUAAUGUUGUAUCGCUUACAGAAUUGAAUACCAAUGAAAGACCUUGCAAUUGCCAUCCAGAUUGCAAUUUUUAUGCUUAUCAGGUACAGAAUUCGAUAGGAAAUCUUAACGAACGUAUUUAUUACACUGGUCUCUCAUAUACAAAUUAUCCCAGCAAAGGUAAAGCCUGGAAAAAUCAGAGUGUAAUUCAUAUAUUUUUCGGUGAUCUAGUGUCCAUUCAAUAUCGACGAGAUAUACGUUAUAGUUGGCGCCAUGUGUUUGGUAACCAACAUUCGGUGGUCUCCUAGGAUUAUUUGCUGGUUUUAGCCUCAUGUCUGUGGCCGAACUUGUUUAUUUUUUUAUUAUUCGAGUUAUCACAGAAGCAUUUACAAAUAAAGGAAACGCGGAAAAUAUAUAAAUAAAAUUUCUUUUAUUUUUCUCUAUAUAUACAAUAAACAAUAUGUAUCGAAUAAA